UCAUUCCCCCCAGAGAACAUCCUAACGUUGACACCCCUCACUGGGGCUAAAACCAGAACCAGAACCAGCUUUGCUGCUGUUUGUUUGACUGUCUGAUUGACGGUCGGUUUUGUGAGUUGAAUGAAUUUUGAGACUGCAAGCGGAAGAAUCUCGUGGAUGGAGGCUGCUGUGCUGACCAGGACUUGGCUGCGCGUAUUUAAAGAGCAAGCUGCGGCCACUCUUCAAGAGGGUUCACUUCGGUUAUGCUCCAGAGCUUGCACCAGCCGAAGAAGGUCAAAAGGCGUGCGCGCGUACGAAAGAAACCUCUCUGCAGUUUGUGCACCUGCGGGAAUCCAGCCGCAGCAACAACUGUUUGCGUCCCGAAUGAAUCGGUAUUUCUGUCACACCAACGCAUUUAAUGUAGCAUUGUCCUCAGUAAAAGGAAGCCGAUACUACAGUACAGAACCAUUGCAGUCUACUCUGGCCUCUGUGGUUCCAAUGUUUUCAGUGAUGAAAUUUGACGAGGCUGGAAAUGUCAGCUCUUUUGAAAGGAAGAAGACAGAAUUGUUCCAGGAGCUUGGACUUCAAGCACGAGAUUUACGGUUCCAGCAUCUGACGAGCAUUAAUGCCAAGAAUAAUUGCAUUAUCUUAAGGAUGGAGAUUCUAAAGGCUGUGAUUACUCCGAAAUACCUCCUUAUACUGGAUUACCGCCAACCAAAUCUGGAGUGUUGGCUUUUAAAUGAACUGGCCUCACAACUAGCGGGAGAUGGACAACUGGUCAUGUACUCUUUGCCGUUUGAAUUCCGUGCUAUAGAAGCAAUACUCCAACACAGGAUGAAUACUCUACAAGCAAGGCUAAAUGAAAUACACCCUCAGGUACUGGAGACCUUAGAUGCUCUAGUGGACCCGAAACUCCUGUCACUCGAUAGAAGCAAACUACACGUCCUUCUUCAGAACAGCAAGAACCUGAGUGAGCUGGAGACGGAUGUGAAGGUCUUCAAAGAGGCAUUGCUGAAGAUACUAGAUGAAGAGAAACUGAUUGAAGAGCUCUGUGUCACCAAGUGGAGUGAGACACAAGUUUUUGAGAAGAGCAGUAAAGGUAUUGAUCCUGCUGAGGAGAUGGAAUUGCUACUUGAAAAUUAUUACCGACAGGCUGAGGAUCUGGCUAACACAGCACGGGAGCUGAAAGUGUUAAUAAAUGACUCAGAAAGUAUCAUUUUUAUUAACUUGGACAGCCACCGUAAUGUGAUGAUGCGGUUGAACCUCCAGUUAACAAUGGGAACGUUUUCAGUUUCCCUGUUUGGAAUCGUCGGUGUUGCAUUUGGUAUGAAUUUGGAAUCCUCCUUUGAAGAGGACCCCAGGAUCUUUUGGUUGGUAACAGGCAUUAUGUUUCUGGGGAGUGGCCUAAUGUGGCGACGUCUGCUCUCUUUCCUGGGCAGACACCUUGACCCUCCACCACCUAUGCUUUCUAUUCCGAAAAGGCCACAGCCAAGUGGUGGAACAAACGACCUGGGACACUGAUCCAAAGCAUAUGUUCCCAGCUCUGUUGGAAAUCCAUUCAUAUCUACCAAAUCUGUACAAGCAUGAUCAAGUGUUACAUCUGGCAAUGUACAACUGGAAGUAUAACUCUCACCUGAUACUUCCAAUGUCUUUUGACUGGACCGGAAAGAUUCUAUUCUAUCCUUUUCUGAGAGCUGUUAUAAAUCCACAAUUAGUGUGAUCUCACUGCAUUCAGAAGCUUGUGCUGUCAAGUCAGGAGUCACAAAAUGUUACAAAAAGGGAGCUAACGCAGGCCUAUGUUCUAUCUCACAGGUGGUAAGCACACUGGGAUGUGUUUUAAGUGCUUCAUAUUUCUCUGGCCAAAAUGUUACAAUGAAUUACGAAGUGCAUACUUUAUGUGCUAAUGUUAGUUACUGCACCAUCAAAGUGCCUUAGGAAUGUAGAAUUUCCUCUCUUGGGGAUGGAGAGAUGAAGAAAAGCAGACCUAGAAGGCAUCCAAGUAAUUUUGCCCCUCGCCAUUCAUUGCUUGAGAGGCCCACGUGGGUGACCUUCAGAUUCACUCACUCCUUCCCCUCGUUCAAAGCCAAUCUCUUUGACUGCACUU